CCGGGAUGCCACACACAACCCAGCUGUACCAGCCUGUACCAGCAACACGCUGGCCCAUCGUGUACUCACCACGCUACAAUAUCACCUUCAUGGGCCUGGAGAAGCUGCACCCCUUUGAUGCAGGCAAAUGGGGCAAAGUGAUCAAUUUCCUGAAAGAGGAGAAGCUUCUGUCAGACAACAUGCUGGUGGAGGCCCGGGAAGCCUCAGAAGAGGACCUGCUGGUUGUGCAUACGAGACGAUAUCUCAAUGAGCUAAAGUGGUCCUUUGUUGUCGCAACCAUCACAGAAAUCCCCCCUGUCAUCUUCCUCCCCAACUUCCUUGUUCAGAGAAAAGUGCUGAGGCCCCUGCGGACCCAGACUGGAGGAACCAUCAUGGCAGGGAAGCUGGCCGUGGAUCGAGGCUGGGCCAUCAACAUGGGGGGUGGCUUCCACCACUGCUCCAGUGACCGAGGUGGGGGCUUCUGUGCCUAUGCGGACAUCACACUUGCCAUCAAGUUCCUGUUUGAACGAGUAGAGGGCAUCUGUAGAGCCACCAUCAUUGACCUGGAUGCCCAUCAGGGCAACGGACAUGAGCGUGACUUCAUGGGAGACAGGCGCGUGUACAUCAUGGAUGUCUACAACCGCCAUAUUUACCCCGGGGACCGCUUUGCCAAGCAGGCCAUCCGGCGGAAGGUGGAGCUGGAGUGGGGCACGGAAGAUGACGAGUACCUGGAGAAGGUGGAUAGGAACAUCAGGAGGGCCCUCCAGGAGCACCUGCCCGACGUGGUGGUGUAUAAUGCAGGCACAGACGUCCUGGAGGGGGACCGCCUCGGCGGCCUAUCCAUCAGCCCAGAGGGCAUCGUGAAGCGAGACGAGCUGGUGUUCCGAGCGGUGCGGGGCUGCCAGGUGCCCAUCCUGAUGGUGACGUCUGGCGGGUACCAGAAGCGCACAGCCCGCAUCAUCGCGGACUCCAUCCUCAAUCUGUACAGCCUGGGGCUCAUUGGGCCUGAGUCCCCCUGUGUCUCGGCCCAGAGCUCGGACACGCCUCUGCUGCCCCCCGCGGUGCCCUGA